AUGACGAUGAAACUGCUGGGAGGUGCCAAGAAGAGAAAGAAGAAGGUUUAUACUACUCCCAAAAAGAUCAAGCAUAAGAGAAAGAAGGUCAAGCUCGCUGUUCUGAAAUACUACGAGGUUGAUGAGAACGGUAAGAUCAGACGUCUCCGUAAGGAGUGCCAGUCUCCAACCUGCGGAGGAGGCGUUUUCAUGGCUGCCCACGAAAACAGAUAUUACUGCGGGCGGUGUCAUGAUACACUUGUCGUAGAAGAACCCGUUGUCACCUCUAAAGGCAAAGGUGGCAAGAAGAAGUAA